UUAAACGGAUGCAAGAUGUCACCUACUUUUCUGAAAGGUCCAUUCUCAGUGUAUGUGCACUGGAGAUUUUGUCACAAUCAUGCUCAAACUUUCCAUCUUCAGUAGAUCAAUUUGAAAACAGUCUUCCAGUGUCAAACUCUGAACAUACUCCAGUCUGUGAAGCAACAAUAAGCAAAAUACAUUUGUGAGUGUAGGGAGGCUAAAAUUUAAUUUCACUUUGUUUAGUGCGCAUCACCCAAGAGGUUUCUUAACAUGCAAAGUAAAUUUUAGAAAUACUGUCCAAUACUUUAUAACAAGACUUUUUUUUUCCUAAAAGACAAAAGAGACACUAUCAUGAUUUUGAUAAAAUAAUGUGGCGAAAAUAUAUUUAGAUAUUUUUGUGUCUAUGUAACGGUACUUGUAAUUCCUCGGUCGGCCUUGUUGUGGCAGUAACGCUGCGUGUGGCUGAAGUUUUUACCACUUCAUGAGAAAACAAGGAAGUGACCAACAGCAGUAGAAUGGUUGUCAACUGGGAGAACUAUCCGAAUAGUUAGCUCUCGGUUGAUUAUCGUCCCGGUAGUUUGUAAGCUAAUGAGCUCCACAGCAGAAAUGGAGGCUACAGGAAGAGAGGAGAAUCCAAAUGCACAGGGGGCAGCGGCGGCGGCAGCGGCAGAACCAAGCACUUCUGGACACCGACGAACUUACACAAAGCCAGUGUGGUCUUUGCUAGAGGAAGCAGCCCAAAUGAAAACGGAAGGAAACGCUUUCUACAGGGAGAAGAACAUUCGCUCAGCCAUAGGUCGUUAUCACCGCGCUCUGCUUGUCCUCCGAGGCCUCGACUCUGAUGUGAUGACCUCAGUGAAAGGGUUUGGAGCUGAGACACCUGCUCUCACACCUGAACAGGAGGCUUUACUGAGAAACACACAAGUGGACUGCUACAACAACUUAGCUGCCUGUUUGCUGCAGAGACAAAGUGUUGACUACGCUCGUGUGCAGGAGUACAGCCUGCGGGUGCUGAAGUGGCGACCAGGUGAUGUCAAGGCACUGUACAGGGCUGGUGUAGCGACUCUGGAGAUGGGAGAUGCACAGACUGCCAAACAGUACCUCAUCCAGGCCAGCAGAGAGCAGCCUAAUGAUGCUAACGUGAGGAAGCACCUGCAGAGAGCUGAGGAGAAACUGAAUCGUGAGUUACAAAAAGAGAAGGCCAUGUAUCGAGGCAUGUUUUCCACCGGCCCGAAGAACAGCUCCGGAGAGGGGAUUGACCAAACCAACAGGGCUGGUGAGGGAGUCUAGCCUGCACAUUCACUCCACCAAGUAAAGCCUCAACCUGAGAGAGACUGCGUUCAACUGAUCACAGAGCAACUGAAGAAAGAUCACACAUCCUGAAUCACUAAUUUUACUGUUUCUCCUCUAGACGCUUAUGAGGUGAGUUUAGGGGAGUAAGGAUUGUACAGUAUACAGGAAUGUAGUCAGUAUGAAAGUUAAGAUGCCGCUGCUGAAAAUAGAAAGAUGAGGACCGGAACAUUAGUUUCCUAGCAACAUGGAAACAGAGCUGUUUUUUUUUUUUUUUAUCUAAAAGAGCAAGGGUUUGGAUAUUGAACAAAAAGGUGACUCUUCAUGCACUACUACUAAGUUCUGAAAACGCCUCCAUGAUUGCAGUUGUCUGGUCAGUGCUGUGAAUGUUGAUUUUGUGAGUUUUCAAGUAAAGUAUUUUUUAUAAAUAA